CGUCAUUUGGGGAGGCUCGCAGCACGAUGGGCAACGGCGGUCCUCCUUUAUAGAAUGACAGAACAAUCGGAAUAAAUGGCGAUUUUCAAAAGGAAUCUAUACCAGCAUUGUUUGCUGUGUUUUGUGUUGUUUAAUCAACUAUCAGGUGUUUUUUGUUUCAGUGAGCUCUCCUUCAUCACAGAACCCAGUGAUGUUGUAGUAAUAACCAGGGAUCCAGUGGUCUUGGACUGCGUGGCCCACGGACAGCCUCCCAUCACCAUCAGAUGGCUGAGGAAUGGAGUCAGGGUUACGGAGAGUGGCCGGCUACGGAUCCUGGCCAACGGAUCACUGUACAUACCCGAGGUCAGGAGAGACGGAGAAGAGUCAGACAAAGGGUUCUAUCAAUGCCUCUCUCAGAAUAGAUAUGGAGCCAUAUUAAGCCAAAGAUCCAAACUGACAAUCACAAAUGUCUCACCGUUCGUGGUGAAUCCCGUGCUUUUGGAGGUGACUGAGGGUUCCGUGGCCAGGUUCACCUGUCAGGUGACCUCUAACCCUCCUGCCAGCGUGACCUGGGAGCUAGACCAAAGCACACUACGGCUGGAGACAGACAGAAUCACAGUCCUGCCCAACGGAGUUCUCCAGAUCCACAACGUCCAGCUAGAGGAUGCUGGGAAGUUCCGCUGUGUGGCCACCAAUAUCGGCAACUGCGUCAAGAGCAGCGAGGCAACGCUCUCCGUUAUCAAACCAGGUGUUGGCCCUAAGCCCCGUCAGAGGCCCCGGAUCAUAGCGGGCCCACAGAAUAUGACGGUGUCCCUCCACCACACCGUGGUUCUGGAGUGUAUUGCUACGGGAAACCCCAGACCCGUCAUAUCCUGGAGCCGAGCCGACAGUAAACCCAUUGACGUGUACAAUGCCAGGGUGCUGGGCAGUGGGAACCUCUUGAUCAGUAAUUUGAAGCCUCGGCAUAGUGGAGUCUACCUCUGUAGAGCCACCACACCAGGAACACGCAACUACACCAUCGCUGCUGCCAACCUCACCGUUCUAGAGCCUCCAUCCAUGGUGGAGAGGCCAGAGAGCCAGACUCGUCCCAGGGCUGGCACUGCCCGUUUCAUGUGCCAGGCUCAGGGUGUGCCCCCACCUCGCAUCACCUGGCUGAAAAAUGGAGAGGAGGUACACCUGAACGGCAGGAUCAAGAUGUACAACAGUAAACUGGUGAUCACUCAGAUUACCCCGGAGGAUGAUGCCAUCUACCAGUGUGUGGCGGAGAAUGAACAGGGCAGUGUUCUGUCCCUGGCACGCCUCAUCGUGGUGAUGUCUGAGGACCGGCCCAGCGCGCCCAGGAACAUCCACGCUGAAACCAUCUCCUCCUCAGCCAUCCUACUGGCCUGGGAGAGACCCGUCUACAACGCUGAUAAAGUCAUUGCUUACUCUGUACACUACAUGAAGGCUGAGGGACUAAACAAUGAAGAGUAUCAGGCAGUGAUCGGCAACGACACGACCAGCUACAUCAUAGAUGACUUGGAGCCAGCCUGGAACUACUCUUUCUACAUUGUGGCCUAUAUGCCCAUGGGAGCUAGCCGUAUGUCUGACCAAGUCUGUCAACACACUCUGGAGGACGUACCGUUGCGUACCCCGGAGCUCAGUCUGACCAGCCACAGCCCUACAGACAUCCAGGUGUCGUGGCAACCUCUGUCCACCAAACUGUCCCGUGGUAACAUCUGGGCCUACCGCCUCUCCUACCGCACGGCUGCAGACGCCACGGUUUUGUCUGUGGAGCUGGCCCAGAACAACACCCAGUACCUCCUGGGAGACCUUCAGCCUGAUACCAUCUACCUUCUCCGGAUCGCUGCAGCCACCAGGGUGGGGUGGUGUGAAGCCUCCUCCUGGACCUCCCACCGCACUCCCAAAACCUCCAUUAAUAAAGUGCCACCAGCCCCACUGCUACAGCAACUGGAGCCUCUCAACUGCACCUCCAUCUUGGUUCGUUGGCAGCCAUCUCCAGGCUCCGUGGUCGUCCAGGGUUACCGGCUCUGUUACCAUGAGGAGGGUCAACCAGAACAGCCCUCCAUCCAGCUCCAGCCUGAGGACACAGAAUACACCAUCAGUGGCCUGGACCCAAGGAGGAAAUACCAUGUGAAACUGUUGGCAUUAAGCCUUGUAGGAGAUGGUUACCAGGCCGACCAGACACUCAGCACCCCAGGAUGUGUGUCUGUACGAGAUCAUCCGGUGGCCUCCCCUCCAGCCCCGGACCAUGUGAUUGCGGUGGCUAACAGCUCGUCAGCGGUGUACCUGCGAUGGAGCCGUCCUGCCUUCUCCUCUAGGAAGGCUGUCAGCUACACAGCUCGCUGUACCCCUGUGGGCCUGAUGAACGCAUCAGCCAUACGCUACAUACAGACUACCAACCAGAGUGUGCUGAUACAGAGCCUGGACUCCAACACUCGCUACGAGUUAGUGGUGCGUCUUCAUGUCGACCAACUGGCCAGUCCCUGGAGCACGGUUGUCUUUCAGAGGACUCUACCAGCAGCGCCCAGCCACCCUCCUGAAGGUGUGAGGGUGAGUCUGAUUGAGGACGGCACAGCCCUGGUUUCCUGGAGAGAACCAGAGGAGAACAACCUGGCAGUGACGCACUACACCAUCCUGUACGCCUCACAGAGGGCCUGGCUGGCCGGAUACUGGCAGACGCUGCAGAGGGAGGGAAGUAACACCAUGGUCCUGCUGGAGCGUCUGGAGCCUGGUAACGUCUACCUGGUGAAGAUCUCUGCCUCCAACCAGGUGGGAGACGGGCCCUUCUCUACUACUGUGGAGCUGGCCCUGGGGCCUGGGUCUAGACACAGAGGGAAGAGCCCCAGGCACUCAGGCAGCGCAUCCUCCUCAGACACCACAGUGUUCUCUGACGGCCUGUACCACACAGAGCAGAAUUCCAUGACAGGGAUCAUCGUGGGGGUCUGCAUCGCUCUGUCCUGUAUAGUGAUGUGUACCAUCAUCCUCAUCAGCAAAGGCAGAUCCAGGAAAUCUUCCAUCUGUAAGAUAAUUGAUGUAGUGAAUGGUGAGGGAACCCAUGGUCCACAUGCUAGUUUGGCCCUGGCCAAUGAACACCAGGCUGAGAACAUAGAGGCCCUGAUGCCCAUGAUGGCACCACACUUCAUUGAUGCCAAGGGUGGAACAAACCUGGUGAUUACAGGAACUGGUCCAGUCUACGGUAUCAACCGUAGUAAGACAUGGCAGCUUUUUAAGACGGAGAGACACAAUAGAAAUACAAACCAGGCUGAGAACAGAGCAUGUCUGUACAAGGCAGGGAAGACCGUUCUGUGUUAUGAGGAGAGGGAGGGCGCGUCGCCCCUCCAACCCUCCAGCCUGCAGAUCCUGUUCGGUCCACUAGGGGACUUAGAGAGCUCCGGGGGCUUCAGUGAGGGAAGCAGCUCUGGAACUACUGAGACCAGCGAGGGGAGUCAGGAGACAGGAGACUCUGGUCACUACUCCGACGAAGAGAUAAGCAAUGAGAUGAGCAACCGGUCCACCUCCACCUCAGGCUGUAACUCCCGGCCUCCGUCCUUCGGGUCGGAGUUGGAUGACAGCCCAACUCCAGAUGAAGAAGAAGAAAAGCCUGGUUUUAAAGUGGAUUCUGAGGUGACGCCACCAAGACAUCCCUACCGUCACCACCAUGGUCUCCACCAGCCUGGUCAUGACACCGUCCAGCAUCCCUCACGUCCCUGUUCGCUCUCAGCUGAGGAAGCUGCUUAUCCUGCCCAGGACACCGUCCAGCAUCCCUCACGUCCCUGUUCCCUCAAGGCUGAGGAAGCUGCUUAUCCUGGCCAGGACACCGCCCAGCAUCCCUCACGUCCCUGUUCCCUCAAGGCUGAGGAAGCUGCUUAUCCUGGCCAGGACACCGCCCAGCAUCCCUCACGUCCCUGUUCCCUCAAGGCUGAGUAAGCUGCUUAUCCUGGCCAGGCCACCGUCCAGCAUCCCUCACGUCCCUGUUCGGCUCUCAGCUGAGGAAACUGCUUAUCCUGGCCAGGACACGGUCCAGUCAGCAGGCUCGUCCUCGUGAUAGGUUACCCAACCUGAAUGUGGCUUAUUUUCAGUUGAAGCAGCCCGCUUUUCUCGCUUCUUUGCCUCUUGAAAUAGUUCCUUGGGCAAAGAACAUACAGUUACGUAGAGGGAUCAGGAAGUUGAAGAUUUAAGGAGGAAAUGGGUGUUCGCUUCAGGUCUACCUCAAGAUAUUUGUAAUGAAUGUUGUUGUUUUCCUGUUUUCAUUUCUAUCUUAUUUUCAUGUCUGUCUGGUAUUUGUCUUUGUGUCAGGUCUUUAGGGAUGAUUUCUUAGACACCAACCUAAUUCGGGAUCGGUGACAACCGGAUGCAUCCGGUUUUCAGGGGAAUCGGAAAGAGAGCCUUCCCGCUGUUGGACGUUAACAAGGCGACACUCCAUCUUAACUCCUCCUCUACAUUUACAGGAUUGGUUGAACAGUGUAGAAGAGAACCUCCCCCACCCUGUUAGCACAACAAGCAAAGAAACAUCACACAGAUGACGCUUUGUCUUGAAUUGGUGAAAGGGAUGUUAUGGGAUCCUGAAAAGCAUAUUCAGUGAAGAUUGGACAUUGGAAGGGCUUCUCUUUUUGUUGUUGUACCAAACUAAGCUUUAAUCUUUUGUCUGGGAAACCAGUCCUUAAUGUCUAUCCUAAACCAAAGCUCACCCAACAAUGAAUGUUCAAAAGAAUGUAAAAAUAUAUUGCUUUAUGAUACGUUUACUUCUAUAAUUAAGUAGAUUGUUUUCUUCCAUUGAAGCAGAGGGUUUAGUUGGUGACCCCCCUCAUUGCUGAUUGUCUACCUCAGUUACUCUGACUCUGUAUUAUAGUACUACCUCAUUUUAACAAUAUAUUGUGCAGUACCGUAUUAUACUACUACCUCAUUUUAAGAGUAUUAUUGUGCAGUAUUAUUUUCCCUAACUCAGGGAAUGAGGUUGAAAACAUUUCAAAGCCAUGUUGUCUUACCUGCAGGAGUUAUAUAGGCUGAAUUGUUUUUUUUUUUUUUAAGAUUUGUGAAAAUUCCUUUUGGAAUUAUUUGUUGUUUUUUAUAAGGUUGGAAAAGCUUUUACGUUUUUUUUUUAAUGAUGAGUCUCUUCAGUAUAGUUCUAACAUUGAAGUGCAUUAGAUACUGUAUCUCUAGUCUCUAUUUGAGUAAGAUCAAGUAACUGAAAUUAAACGUUGAACUGGCAUUUCCAGUGCAGCGGACCUUAAAAGCUUUAAAAUGGCCUUAUUACGUGGAAAAGGGCUUUGCCGAUGAUUCUAGAUACAGAGAACCAAAGAAAGAGUAGCAACACGCGACAUAACAGCCGUACAGUAUUGUAAGUGUACUCUCAAUCAUUUUGCUGCCGUGUCAAGUAUGUAUAUUUCUCGUUGAAUUAUCGAGUUCAAUACAAUUCUUAUUGUACAUUUUCAAGACGCGUUUUAUAUCUGGUUGAAAGCUUUAGUGCUCUGUCUUUCAGACGAGUGUUCUCCAUUUGCCUUCUAUGUACAGUAGAUCAUUGAUGCUAUACGCAGCGUUGACACUGUGCUGUUAGAUGCCAAAGAGUUGUCUACUUCCUCAGAUGGGGGGAUUCAGAUAGAUGGGAGGACUGAUGGGUCCUCCAGAUGGAUCAGAUGGGAGGACUGAUGGGUCCUCCAGAUGGAUCAGAUGGGAGGACUGAUGGGUCCUCCAGAUAGAUCAGAUGGGAGGACUGAUGGGUCCUCCAGAUAGAUCAGAUGGGAGGACUGAUGGGUCCUCCAGAUGGAUCAGAUGGGAGGACUGAUGGGUCCUCCAGAUAGAUCAGAUGGGAGGACUCAUGGGUCCUCCAGAUAGAUCAGAUGGGAGGACUGAUGGGUCCUCCAGAUGGAUCAGAUGGGAGGACUGAUGGGUCCUCCAGAUAGAUCAGAUGGGAGGACUGAUGGGUCCUCCAGAUAGAUCAGAUGGGAGGACUGAUGGGUCCUCCAGAUGGAUCAGAUGGGAGGACUGAUGGGUCCUCCAGAUAGAUCAGAUGGGAGGACUCAUGGGUCCUCCAGAUAGAUCAGAUGGGAGGACUGAUGGGUCCUCCAGAUGGAUCAGAUGGGAGGACUGAUGGGUCCUCCAGAUGGAUCAGAUGGGAGGACUGAUGGGUCCUCCAGAUGGAUCAGAUGGGAGGACUCAUGGGUCCUCCAGAUGGAUCAGAUGGGAGGACUCAUGGGUCCUCCAGAUGGAUCAGAUGGGAGGACUGAUGGGUCCUCCAGAUAGAUCAGAUGGGAGGACUCAUGGGUCCUCCAGAUGGAUCAGAUGGGAGGACUCAUGGGUCCUCCAGAUGGAUCAGAUGGGAGGACCUAUGGGUCCUCCAGAUAGAUCAGAUGGGAGGACUGAUGGGUCCUCCAGAUGGGAGGACUGAUGGGUCCUCCAGAUAGAUCAGAUGGGAGGACUCAUGGGUCCUCCAGAUGGAUCAGAUGGGAGGACUGAUGGGUCCUCCAGAUAGAUCAGAUGGGAGGACUGAUGGGUCCUCCAGAUGGGAGGACUGAUGGGUCCUCCAGAUGGGAGGACUGAUGGGUCCUCCAGAUGGGAGGACUGAUGGGUCCUCCAGAUGGGAGGACUGAUGGGUCCUCCAGAUGGAUCAGAUGGGAGGACUCAUGGGUCCUCCAGAUGGAUCAGAUGGGAGGACUGAUGGGUCCUCCAGAUGGAUCAGAUGGGAGGACUGAUGGGUCCUCCAGAUAGAUCAGAUGGGAGGACUGAUGGGUCCUCCAGAUGGAUCAGAUGGGAGGACUCAUGGGUCCUUCAGAUGGGAGGACUGAUGGGUCCUCCAGAUAGAUCAGAUGGGAGGACUGAUGGGUCCUCCAGAUGGAUCAGAUGGGAGGACUCAUGGGUCCUCCAGAUGGAUCAGAUGGGAGGACUGAUGGGUCCUCCAGAUGGAUCAGAUGGGAGGACUGAUGGGUCCUCCAGAUAGAUCAGAUGGGAGGACUGAUGGGUCCUCCAGAUGGAUCAGAUGGGAGGACUCAUGGGUCCUUCAGAUGGGAGGACUGAUGGGUCCUCCAGAUAGAUCAGAUGGGAGGACUGAUGGGUCCUCCAGAUAGAUCAGAUGGGAUGAUAUCACAGGAGAUUCCAGGGUUGGGGCUAGUUCCAUUUCAAUUCAGUCAGUUCUGGGAGUAAACUGAAAUUCCAAUGCUUUUCAACAGGGAAAUUUGGGAUUUUUACAUUUCAGUUAACUUACAGAAUUGGAACGGAAUUAAGCCCAACACUGCCUCACACCAAAACAAAGAAUCCAGUCAGUGUAUUGACAGUGAUAGUAGAUGGAUGGUGAAGCAUUUUGCUUUUUUGGAAUUUGCAUUCAUCAAGCUGAUAUCACCUGUGGUCACAAUUCACAUGAAUACACAUUUUUUUUUUAUGAAUGUUGUAUGAUGGAGAAAUGUAUAUUUCUAUCCACUAUAUUUCUAGCCUGGUACCAGAUUUGUUUGUGCUGUGUAGCAUGCCACCCAUGACAAUGACCAUAGGAGUUGGCUACUGCACAGUACAAACAGAUCUGGGAGCUGUCUACAGACCCCAGUUUGACAAUACCACAAGAUUCUGACUAUCAAAUCAAUAACCCCUAUGUAUGAAGAGCGACAUAAUCAAGUUUUAUAUCUUUGAAAAGCAAAUAAUCUUGACCAAAGAAGAUGAUGUUUAAAUAAUUAGUUACUUGGUUUAACUUUUUUUUUUUUUUUUACAUAACAGUAUAAUGUGUUAUAAGUUUCUAGGAUUUCGAUUCAUUAGAAAAGGCAUUUUUAUAGUUGAAUCAUUGUGAUGCCAAGUUCCAUUUUGUUUUGAGUGGCUUGAGAGGUCAAAGAGUGUUCAGAAAUCUUUCAGAUUUCACCUGAAAGACGUUAAAAGUUUACUUUGGGACUAUUUAAACAUGUUGUAUAUUUUAGGAUAGUUUUAUUUCGUGUUAAAGCAUAUUUUUCUUAGGUCGUGUCUACACUUGACACUUGCAUGUGACUUCUGCUAUCAGAAUACGAAUGUCGCAUUGAAAAAAAAAACGGGUCUAAACGCACCAAAGUCGCUUUGUGGUCUGAUUGUGUUCAGAUCUGGUUACCACAUCAGGAGUUGGUCAGGGAUGCGUUGUGUGCGGAUUUCUCCUCAGUCUGGACACAAUCCUGCUACGGAAAGUGCAUACAGUGGGCGACGUCCUCAGCACUCCUCCCAUAAGUCUCCAGAAAGCUUGUUUUGAAAUCGACAGGCGCCUUUUUUCAUUAUAAUGUUGGAGGACAUACAUUGUUAGUGUGUGAGGAACGUGUUUGCUGGCCUCAGAAAUACUAGCCAACAAGCUAAUAUUUAGAAAAGCUUUUUUUGUGUGGGGGGGGCUAGAGUUACGCAAACCCUUUUGCAAUCCCUUUAGUGUUGCUUGCUACAGAGGUUAGCUUGCUGGCUAGCUACAGAGGUUAGCUUGCUAGCUAUCUACAGAGGUUAGCUUGCUGGCUAUCUACAGAGGUUAGCUUGCUGGCUAUCUACAGAGGUUAGCUUGCUGGCUAGCUACAGAGGUUAGCUUGCCGGCUAGCUACAGAGGUUAGCUUGCCGGCUAGCUACAGAGGUUAGCUUGCCGGCUAGCUACAGAGGUUAGCUUGCCGGCUAGCUACAGAGCUUAGCUUGCCGGCUAGCUACUGCCAUCAGUUGUUGUUGUGGUGUUAUCAUAUUCUGCCUAUUCCACCGUUUGUAAAAUGCAUACUGGCAUUUGAAUAUAGCGCAGGAAAAAGGGGAAUCCGGACACAUUUAAAUGUAGGUUUAGACACGGAUUUCCAUGAUCAGAAUGCCAAAGUGUAGACACGGCCUUAGGUGGAUAUAAGAAAAGACUGUGUUCUCAGAGCCUGCGGCACUGACAGGUUUUGUCGGCUAGGGGAGUUUGCUGCCUUUUCCCGGAUACCAAUUUGAAUGUGUCCUUUUAAUUCUACUAUUUAAACGUAUGUUUUUGUUGUAAUUUCCUGCUUUUUGUAAUGCAUAUUUACCAUAUCAUGUAUUUCUUUCUGCCAAGUAUUAAAGCAAACAGUGUUUCUGUUACAAAACCACAAUAUUUGAUCCUCUCAUCAUUUGAAUAAAAAAAAAUCCUGAAAAGUA